AACGCCGCCUUCAUUCGCCGGUCGUACUCCGACGCGGAUGCGUGUACAUUGAAAAUAUAACGCUCACCCGACAUUCCUCGCGUGAAGUGAAAUUUCACGAGAAUCAUUCACAGCGAAAACAAAUGGGCGUCGAUAGUGAAAAUUAAAUAUUGUGAUACGCAGUGACCGUAAAUAUAUUUUCAUAUUGACAGCAAGUUGUGCAGGUUUACAUACCGAGUUUCGCACCGCUGGGGAAAGGACCGUGGUCUGUGGAAGCGUGACAGUUUGGUGUGUUUUGUGCGAGUCGUUCGAGGAGUUUCUCUUAGUGGAAGUCGGAGGCCGUCGUAGGAACCCGGCCCCGACAUGGAGAGUUACUUCGAUAUCUCCAACGAUCUGAAGGAUGUCUGGGACGCGGACAUCGACCCGGAUAUGCAGGACGUGUUAGACGAAGAUUCAGAGAUGAGCGACUGGCUGAUCGAGAGGGAUUCCAAGCUGGGUGUAGUGCUUCAUGAUCGUCUGAUGACGGACGCCGCGCUAGGAGCAGCUCCCAUCAAGACUGAACACUCAUAUAGCCUCCACUCCGAUGUGGAAUCAGCACCGCCCUCGCCACACCACACCAAAGUUGACGAUAUGGAAGACGAAUGCUAUCCAGCCAUUCCAGCGAGUGCGUGGCGGAGUCGCCGGCGCUCCAGUGAUUCCAGUCCGGAGGUGAAGGCCGAGCCCAAGUCUGAACCAGAGUCGCCAGCCUCCUCGUGUCCUCCGUCGCCAACACCCACUAUGUCGACCGUCGACUAUGUCAUAGACCACACAACCGGCACAAUCCACAUGCCGCAAGCUGUGCUGCAGAAAGUUGGUGCCGCCGGCGUGCCGCAAAUACUUCUGAGUGCGGCACCACGUAUCGCAAACUCGCUCAACAACAACAAGCUGUCUAUCAAAGUCACCUCAUCAGGGACAUCAGGUUUCAACCUACCCCCAACUCCUCCGUCAUCAUUGUCGUCGUCUGACAGUGAGGGUGCUCUGUCGCCAUCUCACGAGCCCCCCGCCCCCAUCACCCCGGCACCCCCGCGCCGCUCUCACCUAUACGUGUCACACCACUCCAGGCAGCCUAUCAACACACCCCUCAUCAGCAGCCAGCCGAAAGGAUCCACUGGCACAUUAGUUUUAACAGAGGAAGAGAAACGCACGUUACUAGCCGAAGGUUACCCGGUGCCGACACGUCUGCCGCUCACCAAGGCCGAGGAGAAGUCGCUGAAGAAAGUCAGGAGGAAAAUUAAGAAUAAGAUUUCUGCACAAGAAAGUAGACGCAAGAAGAAAGAAUACAUGGACCAAUUAGAGAGGAAAGUAGAAAUAUUAGUAUCAGAGAACACAGACUACAGGAAGAGGGUCGAGACCUUGGAGAGCACCAAUGCUAAUCUAUUGAGCCAGCUGGCAGCCCUGCAGGCGAUGGUGAGGGCAUCCAGGAAGUGACGUCACGCGAGGAGCGAUGACGUCAUCGAGCGGCGCAGCGACGUCACUACGGACGUCGCUCGCCCACACUGCACAGGGACUUAAUAGGUAUUUUGACAUUAUCAGUCUAUCAGGUCAGGAUCUAUGCAACCGGAACAUCCGUCAUUCCUCUACACAGACUCCUUCAAACAGCUAGGGCCGGUUUUUGAUCUGCAGAUAUUACAGCUGUGAGGGCUGUCGGAUGUCUGGCAGUUCCUAUGUUACAGUAUACGUCGUAUACUAUGAAGUCGCCGACUUCGUCAGGGAUCCAUGUCCAUGGACCAUGAAUGGUUGCUCAUGUAUUCGUUAGUUAUCGUGGUGCUGGAUAUACAAACUUCUCGGGCCGGUCGCGCUCUCUCAAGCCGCGGGUCGCGCACGGAGCGGCCCGCGGAUUGUUUACGGCCUAAUCGACGUUCGCCUCAUCGUGUCUUAAAUCAAAUACGGGAUGUGAUAAAUGUAUUUGUAUGUUUUUAAUUUGAGAGUCUAUACAGCUCGCGGACGCGCCCGACGGCUUGAGAGGCGACCGCGGCACCGGGACGCGAGUGCCACUUAAGAUAUUUAUUUUCCAAUUCGGCUUUAAAGUAAACGCUGGACUGGUUUUAUAUAAACGAUAGUUUAACGCGUGUCUGAAAUCUCGUAAUAUAUUUUAAAGCGUAUUUAAGUCUUGAUAUGUGCGUUUUUUUUUUAUAUAAUUAAAUCGAAAUGUGCAAUUAGUUAUAGACGUGAUCGUUACCUACAGCGUUCAGGACUCGGUGUCGUCGGAUCUUAGCAUAAUAUAUAUAAGGUUGGAAACGCCUUAACUGUUAAUAUAUUGAAUUCCAUGAAUUUGCAUUUAUAGCGAAAUGUUCUGGAGAUUUUUGUUUUUUUUUUUUUUUUGGGAUGUGUAAACAUUUAUUUAAUAAUUUUAGAUAUUCUAACGGACCUUAACGAAACUGAUUCGCGUGUGAGUUUUCGGUGUCUAGUCCUUUGGUCUCGUUUUUUGAGACGUUAUUUCAAUGUUAGUAACAGUAGAGCGCUGGCGUUCAAAAAAAAAAAAAAAAUGGCGCGUCUUUGUCGACAACGAAUCUCGUACCGUUUGACAAACAUUCCAUUUGAUGUAAUGAGUGACUUAAAGUGAGCGAGUACUUAUAAAUGAUGUACAAAACAUGUCAUGAGCAUAAUCUGCGGAACCGACGCUUGGAAUAUUGCAGUUAUAAAUACACACACAUACAGAUAUACUAUACACUGAAUACUUCAUAUCUCUUCUCUAUACACUUAGUCUAUUUCUAACUCACUGUAAUAUUCCAGCUGGAAAUUAUAUUAAGAUUUUUUUUUUUUUAAUUUUACAAAAAAUCGUUCGGUCUUCAAUCUUCGUGUAAACGGUAUUAGUAUUUUUUACUGUGUGCAAUUAAUAAGUUCUCUUUAACAUUUAAAAGUUCUUCCUAUAUAGUGUUAAGCGAAUAAAAUAUAUUUAUAUAGCGCUGAAUGUGCCCGCGGUCGUUGGACGGAUUUAAAACAACAACAAAAAAAAAAUAAAGAAUUUAUUGAGAUAUAUUUUAAGAGAUUUUUUCUAAUGAAAUUUUAGAAAUAUGUAUAUAUAUAUAUAAAUAUAAACAGAUUUUUACUUGUCUAUCGCUAUACUAAUGUUUACAUUGUUAACGUAGUUACUGUAUAGACGUAUAUUGAAUUGAAGCCUGCCUUAAGAACAUUACCAUAUGAUAUAGUAGCUAAAAAGAAAAAUUUUUGAGAAUGCUGUUUUGAGAUAUACAUACAUAUAUACACAUAUAUAUGUAUAUGUAUGUAUGUGUUAAUUAUAAUAAAAUAUAUCUUUUGUAUAAUAUACUAAAUUCCUAUAACAGCAUUUAUAUUAUACAAUCGAGUUUAUAUCGCAUCCAAUGUAUUUAAUGAAGAGUUUUUUUUUUUUAUUUAGUCACUAACUGAAUGCCAAACAUGUACUGUUAGUAUACAGGGUGACAGAUCCCGGGGCGGAUCUUAAUAUUAAUAUGUAUUGUAUAUAAAUAGACCUUUCACCCCGGAUGUUAUGCGUUUGUGGUUUUUUGUUAAAACUAUAUACUGUUACCUUGUGUCAUGAUUUGUUGAAUCGUUUUUUUUUUUUAAAUGAUAUUUAUCUGUAAUGACAUCGCUGAUUCACUGUCAUCCUUGAGUUAAUAAAGCGUCGUAUAUUGUA